UUCGGAACAAAAUAGUUAUGAAAGUGCCCUUACUAAUCCGCAAGAAAAUUGAACAAAAAAACUCGUCCAUACAUAGAGAACUGCACUACUUGUCGAUAGAACACAACAUUUUCAAAGACGAAAAAUACAUUUUGAAGGGACUUUUAUUCUGGCUACCGGAAGUUGUGUCGAAGUGACUAGCGCGACUUUAUGGUCUAUACAGAGGAACUGAAUGACACCGAACUUGAUAAGUUGUUGAGAAUAGCCAAUUUUUCAGAAUGAACAGUCGACUUCAAGAAAUUAGAGAGAGACAGAAGCUGAGGCGGCAGCUUUUGGCACAACAGCUUGGAGCUGAGAGUGCAGACAGUAUUGGUGCUGUGCUCAAUAGUAAAGAUGAACAAAAGGAGAUUGAGGAGACGAGAGAGAUUUGCAGGGUAUCUUUGGACACAUUGGUUCCAGUCACCAAGCGGAAGUGCCAGAUGGAGGGAGAAGAUGUUGAAGAUGAUGUAGUGGAGCACCGGAAAGGGAAAACUCCUGGUCUUGACGGAAUUCCUGUGGAGGAUGAGAUGGAACCUCCGCAGCCAGAUGUGAACAGUCCAUAUGAAGAAGUUUACAAAGACUCAAGCACCUUCCUUAAGGGAACACAAAGCCUAAAUCCUCAUAAUGAUUAUUGCCAGCAUUUUGUGGACACAGGGUAUCGUCCACAGAACUUCAUCAGAGAUGUUGGUCUAGCAGACCGCUUUGAAGAGUAUCCCAAACUCCGAGAGCUGAUCCGACUUAAAGAUGAACUCAUUGCCUCCACUAAUACACCACCCAUGUAUUUGCAGGCAGAUCUGGAUGUUUUUGACCUUAGAGAUUUGAAGUGCAAGUUUGAUGUGAUCCUCCUGGAGCCACCCCUAGAGGAGUACUACAGGGAGUCAGGUAUCAUCGCUAGUGAACGCUUUUGGACUUGGGAUGAUAUUAUGAAGCUGGAAAUUGAAGAGAUAUCUGCUCUCAGGUCAUUUGUUUUUCUAUGGUGUGGUUCAGGAGAAGGCUUGGACUUGGGCAGAAUGUGCCUGCGCAAAUGGGGAUUUCGAAGAUGUGAAGAUAUUUGUUGGAUCAAGACCAAUAAGAACAAUCCUGGGAAGACAAAAACUCUGGACCCAAAGGCUGUUUUCCAAAGAACAAAGGAGCAUUGUCUGAUGGGUAUUAAAGGUACAGUGCGGCGCAGCACAGAUGGUGACUUCAUCCAUGCAAAUGUGGACAUUGACCUGAUCAUUACUGAAGAGCCAGAGAUUGGCAACAUUGAGAAACCAGUUGAGAUUUUCCACAUCAUUGAGCACUUCUGCCUUGGACGUCGAAGGCUGCACCUGUUUGGUCGUGACAGUACCAUAAGGCCAGGAUGGCUAACUGUUGGUCCCACUCUGACAAAUAGUAACUUUAAUGCAGAGGCUUAUGAGGAGUUCUUCCAGCUCUCCCACCUUUCUGGCUGCACAGAAGACAUUGAGAGGCUUCGUCCCAAGUCUCCACCUCCCAAAACCAAGGCUGAGAGAGGUGGGGGAGCUCAAAGGGGAGGCAGGGGUGGGCCAGCAGCUGUUAGAGGUGAUCGCGGUCGGGAGCGCAAUCGACCCAACUUCCGUGGGGAGAGAGGUGGCUUUAGAGGGCGUGGAGCACCCCACAGAGGAUUUCCCCCACGCUAAAGGGACUGCAGUAUCAAUCCUUGAACACCAGUACAAAAAUAAAUUUGAAAAGUCACAGGAUGCUGAGACUUCCUUUGUAUAGUUAGUGCUGAUGUAAAUGCCAAACCUGAUUUUUUUUUUUUUUUUUUAAAUUACUUUGCAUUUUGUAGGCUAGAAUUAGAAUGCUGAACACUCUAAAUAUGUUUUUUUUUUUUUUUAUUAUUAUUAUUUUAUUUUUUUAAAAUAAAGUCAUAAUUUCGUUGACAGAUAUAAUGUGGUAGGACAUAGUCUUUAAAUUGGUGUGGAGCAGGACCUUUUUUAUUUUACAUAGACACUUUGAAACUCAGUAUACAGUAUAGAUGCAGAUAUCUUUGUUUUUCCUAGAACUGUGUGUAUUAUAUACCUACAUACAAAUUAAAUUGCUGUACUGUCGUGUCUCAAGAGAAAUUUAUGCUGUUUUGACUUUUCAUAAAUUUAAGAUACAAGAAGAAAGUGUUAUUGUGCAUUAAAUUGACAUGCAAUGUAAA